AUGGAAGCCUGUCCUUCCUCCGCCACAGUCUGCUCAGGUGCAGACUGCCUGGCUUCUGCCAGUAACUAUAAUGCAACCCUCAGCUCUGUGUUAAGCGUUGUUCUAACAGUGAUGCUGGCCUUUGUCAUGUUUGCCAUGGGCUGCACCGUGGAUGCCAAAAGGCUCUUAGGCCACGUCAAGAAACCCUGGGGCAUCGUCAUCGGCUUCCUCUGCCAGUUUGGCAUCAUGCCCUUCACUGCCUUUGCGCUUUCUCUUGCUUUUGGGGUGCUCCCGGUGCAGGCUGUCGUAAUCAUCAUCAUGGGCUGCUGUCCUGGAGGAACAAGCUCAAACAUUGUCUGCUACUGGCUGGAUGGAGACAUGGAUCUGAGCAUUACUAUGACCGCCUGCUCCUCCAUCUUGGCCUUGGGCAUGAUGCCACUCUGCUUGUUCAUCUACACUAGCGUCUGGACUGCCAGUGGCACUAUAAAGGUUCCUUUUGACAGUAUCGGAAUCACUCUUGCAGCACUUCUGAUACCCAUUGCAGCAGGGAUUUUUGUAAAAACCAAGUGGCCUCGUAUUGCAAACAAGAUCCUCAAGGUUGGUUCAAUCGCCGGGUUUGCUCUCAUUAUCGUCAUAGCGGUGGUGGGAGGCGUCCUCUACCAAUCCUCCUGGGUCAUUUCUUCUUCCUUAUGGAUAAUCGGAACCAUCUAUCCCUUCAUUGCCUUCAGUAUGGGUUUCUUAAUGGCCCGGUUUGUGGGUCAGCCCUGGCACAGAUGUCGAACGAUUGCACUGGAAACUGGUUUCCAGAACUCCCAGCUAUGCACCACCAUUGUCACACUGUCCUUCUCCGCUGAGGAGCUGGAGGUCAUGUUCGCAUUUCCUCUGAUCUAUAGCAUCUUCCAGCUCGGCAUGGCUCUCAUUGCUGUGAUUGCCUUCCAAGUAUAUAAAAGGAAAUGUGGAAAAGGUUCUCUUAAGGAGGACAGCGCAGCAGAAAAUGAAGAAACAAAGCAAACAGAUUUCUCUCUGGAUAACAAAGCGUUUGACUCUGACGAGCUGAGCGGCACCUUUGCACACAUAAAGGAAUGA